UGUUUGGAUAAAUAACUCAGUGAUUGGUCUCUAAAUUGAAAUUGACUUUACUUCCAACAAUUUUCAACGAUUAAAUAUCAUUUUCCAAACUAAAUGGUUUAUAGUUUACGCAAUAUUGAUUACAUUAAUUAUUUAAUUAACAAAAUGGCUGAAAUAUUAAAUUUGUUAUGAACUUCCAAGGUCUUAGUCGAUCUUAUUAGGGGCAGGGGAAUAUAAUCACACAAAACAGCGAUUUGAUUGAUCUGAAUCUGAACUAUUUGAAUUAAUAAAUAAAUAUAUAUAAUAUGUUAUAUCGAUGUUUUAAAUAAAAUUUUUUAAUAUAUGGGUCAUAAUUUAUAAAUAUAUAUUUGAUAAUUUAAGUAUUCUAAGCUAUUUCAAAAUGAUUAAGAUUCUUACUUGGAUCUUAAAAGCCUUCAAAAUAUCAAAAUUUGAUAGUGGUUAAUGGAAGAAGCCAAAUAAAAAAUCUACCUAUUGUUGAAUACAGGUAAAUCAAGAAAUACUUUGAUCUGUAUAUUAACUAUAAAGUAUUUAGUUCAUAACUAUGGCAAUGGGAAAAUCAUAUCGCGUCUACGAAAAACUGAAGUCUCCAAAUCCACAUUCUGUUAUAUUAGAACACCGAAAUUCCAGUGAGACAUUGCUGUUCGAAUCUCAAGCUAUAGCUGUGCUUACUGGAAGUGAAACUGACUCUUUAAAAUCGCAGUAUACAAAGUUGUUGGAUGCUUAUGGAUGUCUUGGUGUAUUACAGUUUCAUCAUGGCGAUAGUACUCUACUCUAUUUAGUUAUGAUUACUAGCUGUUAUUCCGUUGGAAAAAUUUAUGAUUCAGAAAUAUUUCGAAUUACACAAACGAAUUUUAUUCCAUUGCAUUAUAUUCAAAAUAUUAAUGAUGAUCGUAUUGCCGAAGUUAGAAAAGUAUUAAAUUCUGGAACUUUCUACUUCUCAUGGUCUUCUGGUACUGAUCAUCCUUUAGACAUUACUCUUAGUGCUCAACAAAGAUAUGCUGCGCGUUGUACAGAUAAUCGAUUUUUCUGGAAUCGAAUGCUUCAUAUACAUUUACUUCGUUUUGGUGUGAAUACAGAUAUUUGGUUACUUAAAGCCGUAUGUGGAAGUGUGGAAAUUAGAACAGUCUAUGUAGGACACAGGCAAGCUAGAGCUGUUUUAAUUUCUAGAUUGAGUUGUGAAAGAGCUGGUACCAGGUUUAAUGUUCGUGGAACCAAUGAUGAUGGACAUGUAGCUAAUUUUGUCGAAACAGAACAAAUAAUUUACUUAGAUAAUGAAGUUUCUUCUUAUAUACAAACACGUGGUUCUAUACCCCUAUUUUGGGAACAACCAGGUAUUCAAGUUGGUUCUCAUAAGGUAAAAAUAUCUAGAGGCUUUGAGUGUUCUGCUCCAGCAUUUGAUCGCCAUUUUAAAUUACUUAAAAACAGAUACGGCAAUCAAGUAAUAGUGAACUUAUUAGCAUCCAAUUUUACUAGCACUAAAGAAGGUGAAGCAUUACUUAGUCAACUUUUUCAAGACCAUCAAAACAGCUCAAAUCAUACGGAUAUGCCGCAUAUUCUUUUUGAUUAUCAUCAAGAAUGUCGCGCCGGAAAUAUAAAAAACUUAAUGAAACUUAAAGAUAAAGUAUCUGUUUACAUGGAUGAAUUUUCUUUUUUUCACUCAAUUGGUCAAGAAAUACUAAAGCUGCAAAAUGGUACCAUUCGUACUAACUGUCUUGACUGUUUAGAUAGAACUAAUUGUGUGCAAACAUUUCUUGCAUUAGAAAUCCUACAAAAACAAUUAAUAGCCUUGAAACUUAACGAAAAACAACAAAUUAUUGCAAGAUUUGAUGAAGUCUUUCGUCAAAUGUGGAUUAAUAAUGGCAAUGAAAUCAGUAAAAUUUAUGCUGGUACAGGUGCAAUUCAAGGUAGUUCGAAGAUAAUGGAUGGUGCUCGUUCCGCAGCUAGAACAAUUCAAAAUAAUCUUUUAGAUUCAAAUAAACAAGAAGCUAUUGAUAUUUUACUCCUCGGAUCGGCACUAAAUACUGAACUAGCUGAUAGAGCAAGACUGCUAUUGUCACCAAGUAUGUUACAUGCUCCAUCCAGUGUACUAAAAGAAAUGUGUAAGAGACAUAAAGAUUACACAGAUAUAAAGAAUAUUAGAGUUGGCGUAGCUACGUAUAAUGUUAACGGUGGAAAACAUUUUCGAAGUGUGGUUUAUAAAGAUGUAACUCUAUCAGAUUGGCUACUUGAUGCUUAUAUUAAAUCAUCAAAGUUCAUGGAAUUAAGUCAUGGUAAUAAUCCUGUCGAUAUAUUUGCAAUAGGAUUCGAAGAAAUCGUUGAUUUAAAUGCUAGUAAUAUUGUAGCCACUAGCAGUGAAAACGCUAAAGCAUGGGCUGAUGAGUUACAAAAAGUUUUAUCAAGAGAUCACGAAUAUGUUUUACUUACUUAUCAACAACUUGUGGGAGUAUGUCUAUAUAUUUUCAUUCGACCAAUGUAUGUUGAGUUUUUAAGAGAUGUUGCUGUAGAUUCAGUCAAAACUGGUCUAGGAGGAGCAACUGGAAAUAAAGGAGCCUGUGCGAUUCGUUUUGUAUUAUAUUCUACAUCAUUUUGUUUUGUUUGUGCUCAUUUUGCUGCUGGACAAUCACAGGUUAAUGAAAGAAAUGCUGAUUAUGCAGAAAUAACUCGAAGAAUCAUUUUUCCAAUGGGAAGAACAUUGAAUGCUCACGAUUAUGUAUUUUGGUGUGGAGACUUUAAUUACAGAGUUGAUAUAAAUAAAGAUGAAAUGAAAGAAAUGUUGAAAAAAAAUGAAAUUUCUCAUCUCCUAAAAUAUGAUCAACUUAAUAUACAAAAACAGCAAGGAAAUGUUUUCAAGAAUUUUAUUGAGGGUCCCAUUGAUUUUUUACCAACUUAUAAAUAUGAUCUUUUCUCAGAUGAUUACGAUACUAGUGAAAAAUGCCGACAGCCAGCAUGGACGGACCGAGUCUUAUGGAAACGUCGGAAAUUCUUAUACAACGAUGAAGGCGAUGAAGAUUGGAAUAUUGGAAAACUAAUAUAUUAUGGCAGAGGAGAAUUAAAACAAAGUGACCAUCGUCCAGUUGUUGCUAUCGUUGACAUUGAAAUCCAAUGUACUGAUCAACUCCAACGGUGCCACGUGUUUCGCCAAGUAAUUCAAAAUUUAGGUCCUCCAGAUGGAACAGUAAUCAUUCAGUUGGAUGAAAAUAAACACGACGUUGAGAAUAUUAUAGAAACGGAUUUUAUGAACUCUCUUGUACAAAAUCUAUCAGAAAUUGGAGAAAUUCUACUCGUAAGAUUUGUGAAUGAUACAAUUUGGGUAACAUUUCGAGAUGGUCAAAGUGCAUUGGCUGCUGUACAAAAAGGCACAAUUGCUUUUUAUGGAAAUAUUUUACAUUUGACAUUGAAAUCCCCUGAUUGGGUCCCUUUUGUUGAAAAAGAAAUUGAUUACUUUAAAAACGAUGAAAUUCUUCAUGAAAACGAAAAUCUAAACAUUGAAAAAGGACAUAUGAACUAUUAUAGCAAAAACUUUCAAAAUCCAUUAAUUAAUCCUUCACAUAAAUCGCCACCACCAAGACCUGUGCCACCGUCAAAAUCUUCAACGAUUUUAGGAACAAAUAUAGAUUUAAUCCAGAAAUCUGUCAGUGUAGAAAAACAUAAAGCUUCAGUGGAAGAGUCUACGAUACAUGAAGAGAUAACUGAAAAUAUUUCUAGUUCAUCUAUUUCUGAUCAUACAAAUAUAAGUUCUUCGGAAAAUGUAGAUAAAAAAUACGUAAACGCUCCUCCCUUACCGAUGAGGCAACUCCCUCUACCUCCUCCAAGAGUGCCCCCACCAGUAUUACCAUCAUCGAUACCACCACCUAUUCCUGCAAGAUCCUCUACAGCACCUCCAGUACCUGCUAGAAAUAAUAUUUAAUGUAUAUAUACAAACAACUCUACAGAGUACAAUAAGAUUUCAUUAUUUAAAUGUUGUAUAAAUUACAUAAAAUUUACGACAUAUUGCAUUGAAAUAAAUAAAUAAGUAAAUAUGUACUUUGUAGCUGAGCUACAAGAAAAUAUAAAUAUAUAUAUA